GUCCGCCUUCACGAGCAUACGCUUUUGAGAGAGAGAGAGAGAGAGAGAGAGAGAGAGAGAGAGAGAGAGAUUGGUGAAGAUCAGUUGAGGCUCGUCACGGAGAUCUUCAGUCAAUGACAGCGCUCACAUUGUCCUCUUGAAGAUGCUUGUGCUGGUCGGUGUGUGCGCGCUGCUGAUCGCCGGGGCUUCUGCCCGCAACGACAACGGCAAUUUUUUGGACGACAAAUGGUUGACCGGGAGAUGGGACAAAUUCAGAGAUGAGGUGGAGGAACCAGGAACAUGGAGCCCAGGAAAACCAUUCGAUCAAGCUCUGGACCCUGCCAAAGAUCCGUGCCUCAAGAUGAAAUGUGGCCGCCAUAAAGUGUGUGUGGCUGAGGAUUACCAAACACCCACCUGUGUCAGUCAACGCAGGAUGAGUUUUAAGGACAUGAAUUUGAACUCACCACUGCUGAAAUGCAAAAGAUGUCCAGUUGUGCACCCUUCACCUGUUUGUGGAACAGAUGGACACACUUACUCUACCAAGUGUAAACUAGAAUAUCAAGCUUGCAUCUCUGGGAAGCAGAUUUCUGUGAAGUGUCCAGGACAGUGUCCCUGCCUUUCAGGAAAUACAGCAGAGAAGAGAGAGUGUGGUAAUGCAGAGAUGACUGGAGUGGUUAGCAGAUUACGAGAGUGGAUCACAGUUCUUCAUGAGAGUGGCAAUCCCAGCAAGAAAUACAAGUUCCAGAAGCCAGAGAGGAAGGUGGACAUGAGUAAGGUGCCCCUCUGUAAGGACUCUCUGGGCUGGAUGUUCUCCAGACUGGACACAAAUUUUGACCUUCAGCUCGACCAAUCAGAGCUGUCCAGCUUGAGCUCAGAGAAGAGUGAUGUGUGCACUAUAGCCUUCCUCAGGUCAUGUGACCCAGACAGAGAUAGGCUUGUUUCUAGCCAGGAGUGGUGUUCCUGCUUUCAAAGAUAUCAAGAGGCUCCCUGCCAAUCAGAGAUCACGGUCAUCCACAAACAGCAAGCUGGGAAGAAAUUACUGGGUCCAUACAUCCCCUCCUGUGAUGAGGAUGGCUUCUAUAGGCCUCACCAGUGUCAUGGUAGCAGUGGUCAGUGCUGGUGUGUCGACCGCUAUGGAAACGAGGUUGCGGGGUCUCAUACCCACGGGCCUGCUGACUGUGCCACGGAGUCUUCUGGAGAUUUUGGCAGUGGUGACUCUCUGCUCUCAGACGAUGAGGAUGGUGAUGUUGUAAAUGAUGAAGAGGAGAUGGGAGAUGAUGAUGAUGAAUAUGAACAAGUUGAUGAUGAGUAUGGUUACCUGUCAUAAUCUGUUUUUUUUGUUGUUGUUUUUUAAUUAUAUUAAAACAUUUAAAAAGAAGGAACCAAAUAAAAAACAGACUUUCAUUUGGUCUUAAAGCACGUUUCUAGGUGACCUCGGCAGAGUGCAGUACUAACAUUACUAAAGGGUUCAUCUACCCCUUGUGCUGUAUAACAUUUGUACAAAAUUAAUACCAAUACUCAAUAACCACGUUUCAUUUUUGUUACAUUUCUUAUAUUCAUCCAAAGUGAACAAGUGUAUUGACAGUCCUAGAAGUUCAGGAAUUCAUAAGCGGGUUUGAUGAGAGAUUAAUGAGGGUUAAAUGUUUGCACUUAUAAACAUGCACACAAAUAAACAUACAAAAUACAUGCAUACACACACCUGACGGCAUGAUUACAUGACGUAACUCUUUACACCUGCUAGGAUGUGAUUUUACAGUCAUGCCAUGAGGGCUUAAUGUUGAUUUUCACACAUUUAGUCACACAUUAACGGUUAUAAUCACAUGCCAUAACACCACAAUCACAUGCCUACAUUGAUUUAUCUUUUUUUUCAUUAGCAGAAUGAAUACUUAAAACUACAGAUGAAUUGUCAAAUUAUAUCAAUAUUUGAUAUGUAAAGGUGGACAUUCUAGAGCAAACUUGUUUGAAAUGGCCAAGACGCGGCCUGGAGUGACCACACGUCAGACACACAAUAAAACAGAUGUGACUUCAGUCGAUGUUACGAGAGGACAGAGUAAUGCUAUUUACAGAGGCUUACACGCGCACACACACACUUAUCUUGUGAAUACUUUGGCAGUCCUUGGGCAUGAGGUGCCUUUGACGCAACACGAGGAACGGGUGGAAGAGAGGUCUGGGAGAAAAGAGAGAAGGAGAUAUUUAGUAUUAGAAUGUAGAACUUGACUGCCAUAUGAAUCUUUAAAAAAAAUGAGAGGUUUUUGCGUCACGUUCUCUGUUGUUUUUGUCUAUAGGAGAAAGUGGACAUGAUUAGUUAGUUUGCAUAUGUUACUGUAGACGACAAAUCAUACGAUAGAUGCUGCUGCUGUCACUUAAUUCUCCUCGUCCCUCUCAGUGCUUUUGCAUUUUCUGUCAGAUUUGUUUUCAUAAUGUGCAUAUGAAAAUAUUAAUUUACUUCUAUGGACAUUGUGGUGUUUUCUGAAAAAAAAAAAAAAGAAGUUAUUUGGUUGAAUGAGUUUAUGAUAAUCAGUUACAGAAGUCAAAGGAAUCACCUUUAUCAGUGUUGUCAAGCUGUUGUCAUAGAGAUAACACUUUUUGGUUUGUUUGUUUUUUACAGUAUACAUAUAAUUUGCUCAAAUAAAGUUACACAGACCAAAA